UGUGCCUUGAAUCCCAACGGAAGUCGUAACGCAAAGAGGAUAUCCGGUAUGCUGAGAAAAAAUUUUAAGUGUUUUUAAAAAAUGUUAUUAAAAAACCUGUGGCAUUGAAAAAGUUAACGAAAAUUUUUUAACCCAAACUUCAAAUUCGAUGCCGUUUUGAGAUUAAUUUUAAAAAAAGUGUCGACCAUGCGGAGAAAUCAAAAGCGAAGGAAGCUACUGCAGGCUGGUUUAAGAUUUUGAAAAAAAAUCUUGUUGAUGUUUUUAAAAAAUCAUCAGCCAAUAUGGGAUCCCAUGCGCACGCUAGGUCCAUCUGUGCCGGGAGUUCCGUAACCGGUGCCUUUUCCGCGUUGCAUCUUCUCAGGAGCUACAGUCUCCUGGCGCCGCCUUCAGAUUUGUGCAGGUAUGAUCCAUUUCCUGCAAGGGAUUAUGGUUUUGGAGAACCUGAUCCACCAAGAAGUGGCUCGACUGGUGAAACACCUGUGUCACCCUUAACUCCUUCUUCGCUAACAGCACCUUUCUCAAUACCAACUAGUUUAUUUCCACCGCCACUUCUCGCGGCGGUGCCGCCAUUAAUUCAAUCGAUAAAUGUACCUCAGCCAUUUUCCAAUUCCGCAAAUCCAGGAACGUUGGGAAAUCAUCAUUUCAUUAGUAGCAAUGGUAUCACGAACAUCCAGCAGAGAAGACCACGUGGCGAGAAAAAACCCAUUCCUGAGGAACAGAAAGACGAGAAAUAUUAUGAAAGACGAAAACGCAACAAUCAAGCAGCUAAAAAGUCUCGCGAUGCUCGUAAAAUUCGCGAGGAUCACAUUGCUUUAAGAGCAACUAUGCUGGAGCACGAGAAUGCCAUCUUGCGUGCUCAGGUAGUAACUCUUCGCGAAGAAGCACAAUCUCUUCGUCACAUGUUGAUAAAGCAGCAGACACCCGGUAUACAGACGAUUGAUUCUGCGAGGCCGCUUUCUUCGGUGACACCUAGUACACUAUCACCUCAGAAUCCUGUUACAUCUGUAUCCUGUCAAGUUUAAACAUGAAACUGAUCGUUAAAUCAUACUCAAUGCAUCUGAUCUAAUAACUCGCUAUCAGAUAUAACUUUGGAGCAAAAGAAGUGAUGUGAGAAAUUAAUACGGAUUUCAAAAACUAGAGUACUUAUGGGAUCAUUUUUCAUUUUGAGUCACGUCAUCACGACUUUCAUGGGUCCGUCCAUUGUAAGGCUGCACGUAAACGUACAAAGAAAUAUGUCCCUAGAUCUGAGAGGAACUCUAUUGAAAUUGAAAAAUGAAAAUAAGUGUAGGUUUAUAAGUCUGUAAAUUAUACAUAUUAUAUAAGGCUAAGCACACGAUGCUUUUACAGUAGUUUAUUAAUAAUUGUGCCUAUGUAAAUAAUGUUUCGUUUUACUGUUGUUGAAGAUUAAUA